AUGGAUUCAUCACCGGUUUUAGCUUACUUCUACCCUGUGGGAAACACGCCUCCCAAAGACCUAACAGAUGGUUGCCAGGUUCCUGAUGACGUCAGUUUCUUGUUACUAGGAUGCGGAGACAUACGCAAUAUUCUGUACACCAUUCAUACAUUCUACACCAGUGAGAUCUACCCAAUGGAGCCAAUCAAAUUCCAUCUCAACGAUAACCAAGCAUUCAUUUUAUCCCGGGCAGUUCUGUUGCUGUACAUUGUUGACAACAUAGAUCCCGAAAACGAUGAUGACAUGAAAUUUCUCUGGGCCGUUUGGUACGAUUGUUAUCUUACUGAAGAACAUGGUCAAAGACUCCGUAAGAUAUUACAGAUACUGCGUGAACUAAACCUGGCCGAUGUUGCUGUUUUCCCUGGAAACAUAAUGACCGCCUUUGCCAUGAAAGAAGCCUUCAACAUGUGGGUCAAUCUGAGUCUCUCUGUUACUGAAGUGAUACAGGCAAGGGAUACAUUCCUCCAAUGGAAAUACACGUCUAGAGGCCACGAUUUUCCAGAAUUCCCCAUUAGUCGAUUACUCAGCAGGUUUGCGCAACAACAUCCCAAGUUUGCAAGGGACAAGAGGUUUUUGGACUUGUGUCGAAGGGAAAUAUCAGAAUUUGUGAAAUUGGGAAUCACAAAAGUAAACCUCGGUGGUAAAACGAAAGAGGAUCUCACCCGAUCGUGUGUAGUUAAUCCUACGUAUGUGUGUUUCCAACCAGGCGCCUUUGUCUGGAAGACUGAGGAAAACAGUACAGCAUUUCUGGCAUUCGAAUGCGAUUUGUCACGAUAUGACGGCAACAAGAACACCAUUGCUUCAUUGUGUCUAGACCAACUGACUCUCUGGGUUACUAGCUACCAACAAUAUGUCAAACGAACAUGUAGACCUCAGUGCACAUUGUGGUUCGGUGAUGCCUUCUCUCUGUUACACGAAGUUCUUCCAGAUGGGUUACAGUUUGACUUCAUCCACGCCUCCAACCUGUGUGACACCACUGGCUUGUUGAACGUCCUCGUCCACUGCCAGCCGAGACUCAAACGGGACAAUGGUAUCUUGACAACAGAGGCGUUCCACUUCUUUGAAAUAUAUAUGAGAAUCGAAGAUCUUUUUGAGAAGUGUCUUGGUUGCUCUUCAUCUUUGAUUCCAACCAUUCUGGGAUUACAGUUUGCUGAUGACCUGGAAUUAGGAACAGAAAAACUGAUGCUGCCUGGAAAUUUUGUUGGAGUAAACAUCGUGACGUUUCAUUGGAGAGUUGCAAGAGAUCCCUGUACAAUAAACAUGACAGACAACGAGGCUGAUGUUGGACUAGCAGCAAUUAAAGAAGUGUUCACGGCUCCUGCCAAAUUCCCUAUUGAUGCUGCAGGGGUCCAGUUAUGUGACCUCAAUAUGCAAACAACGGACACUAGAACAAAACUUCUUAAAAGACUGAUGCUGAUAUGUGACCUUGAAUCAUACAGACAUUUGCUUGAAGCCGUUAAGCAAGAUGAUUUUUCACAGAUAUUUGAUUCAAAUAUUGAACACGCCAUCAAGCGACCAUCUGAAGAGGACACACGCCAAAACAAAGUUGUGGUAACGGUUGUGAAAGAGUUCAAACAGCGUUUCCACGUGGAAUUCAAGAUGGACUCCAAACUUUGUUUUGGGAAAUUCAGUUUGGACUAUGCAGAUGAAACCAGGAGAGACAAAGUGUGUUUUAGUUUUAGCGAUGCAAGCACAACACUGAAACACUUCUGUCAGCUUUCGUGUCCAAUCCUGUUGUCAUCUUCGAAAAUCAAGGUCUCAAGGAAGGCUGGCGAAGUGACCUGUGACCUGCUGAAAGACCUGACCUUGACCUCAGGUGAACUGGUUCUUCCUCUGCGACCACUGUUCUCUGACGUCACAAAGGUUCCUGACUACGAGAAGUCAGACGAGAAUGACCGCGUGUUGUAUGAGAUCAAUCUCCACCGAGUUUACCCGCGGAUUGACAGAUCUCUACACGACACGACCAUCAUGAGAAAAUUGAACAUCGUCAUGGAGUUACUGUUCAAGAUAUUUGUUGAAUUUAAUUCAAAACCUCAAACUACGACAAUACAGGUGACUAACGGAGACUGCACAAAGGAGCUAAAGAACUUCAAUAUGAUGUUUACCGUGGAUUCCUUUAAAAUAAUCGAGAAUCUGCCCACCCUGGUCGUGAGGUGGGUCGACUUUGACGAAGUUAGGAAGAACGUGCAGGAGAACAAAACAACAGAAGCAGACGUGAUGGCGGCCAUUAAAAAGUCAUGUGAUCUACCUCGUGUUUACAACCUGGAAAAACUGGCAAAGAUCAACUCUACAUAUACCACAGCGUUUGGAUUUUUUGAAAAAAUGCUUACACUGAACGCAAAGCGUUGCAAACAGACAGACAGAAACAGUGAGAUGCUGCCAUGGCGAAAUUCGUUCAUUCGACCAAGAUAUCCCAUCAUGCCUUUCCCAGUGCAUGCACUGGCAGCGAACCAGCCAGUACCUCCACAAAUGGACCCUGUUGAUGGCUGUUUGUUUGCUGUUGGAAAAGUGAACCCCGGAUUAUCGACAAUAGAGAAAUUCCGUGAACUGCCUUCAAUAUAUAAAGCUAUUUUAGAGUCUAAGGGAGCAUUGAUCACGCCUCCAAUGUGUCAUGGGAAUCAGCUGUUGUUUUGUAACGGCUGUGACGUCACGGGUAGCUCGUGUAGAAGGUGUACGAAGUGUUAUUCCGUGUACUACUGCAGCAGAGAAUGCCAGCAGAACGAUUGGCGCAAACACAAGAAAGUCUGCAAGCAGCGACCAUCACAGUAGAACGAUUUUAUUUCAUAGCAUGCUGAAAAAUCUAAAUUAUUAGUAAAUGUACAUUGAUAGCUUUUUUAUCUGGAAAAUAUUAAUGACAUGAUAGUGAUAGCUGUUUUUAUCUGAAAAAGUAUUAGUGAAAUGACACUGAUAGCUGUCUUUAUCUGAAAUAUAUUAGUGAAAUGACAUUGAUAGCUAUUUUUAUCUGAAAAGUGUUAGUCACAUAACAUUGAUAGCUGUCUUUAUCUGAAAAAUAUGAGUGACAUGACAUUGAUAGCUGUUUUUAUGUUAAAAAUAUUAGAUAUGACAUUUACAGUUGUUUUUGUCUGACAAAUAUUAGUGACAUGCCAUUAAUAGCUGUCUUAGACUGAAACAUAUUAGUGUAAUGCAUUUAUAGCUGUUUUAUCUGGAAAAUAUAUAUUUGAAAAUAAUGAAUAGUAAAAUAAUCGAUUUUUGUAUUAUUAAUAUGCAUGAUAUAUGUGAUUGUAAUUAUAGCCUCUAUUAGAAACAUACUUAUCUGUCCUUGAUUUGCAUAGCGCUAAGCGGCCCCAACCAGUCACUAAAUGACUUCCGGCGCGUUCACGCUCCAGUCGCUUGCAACAAAGGCCCUUUGUUGCUACUGAAUUGUGGAGUAGUCAUGGACUUGUUCUUUUAUUUUUUGACGUUAAUAAAGUUUUAUAUUA